AUGGCCGAGAACGGGACGGUGGAACGUGCGUCCUACGUGGCUAUGGCUUCGGCGGCCAUGGAGGCUCUGGGCAACAAGAAAGGAUGCAGUCGACAGGCCAUCCUCAAGUACAUGGAGCAGCACAACCAGGUGAGGACGACGCCGUCGGUCUCGCUGGCCUUCCGAGCGAGGUUUCGCAGGCUGGACGGAAACAACAAGACGGUGAAUUAUCACCUGCGCGAGGCCCUGAAGAAGGGCCUGGACACGGGGAAGUUCAAGCAGGUGAGCGGGAACGGAGCCAACGGAUCCUUCGCCCUCGUCAAGGCGAAAGGCGGCGAGAACCCCAAGAAAGCCGGGAAGGAGGAGCAGCCGCCCAAGGCGCCGGCCGGUGGGAAGGCCCCUCGCCCGAAGGAGCCGAAGGCGGCUUCGGCUGCACCCGCUCGGCCCAAGCCGGGAGAUCCGCCGAAGCCCAAAGAUCCACCGAAGCUGAAGGCGAAAGCGGCCGUGCCUCCUCGGCCCGCCAAGCCGAACGGUACCACCGCGACGAAGACGAAUGCCAGCGCCAAGGCGAAGGGAAUCGAGACGUCUCCAAUGGUGCCGAUGGGUCCAGUUGGAAGGCUUCAUCUGCAGCGAUGA